UGGAUCGACUAGUGUUCUUUCAAUUGUUGCGGAGCGAGUACGUUGCUGUCGGUGAACGAAAACGGGUGCCGCGAAUUUCGAAUUCCGGUCAGAUCGUUGCGGUACCGGAAGUGGGAUACCUCGAUCCAUCGUCAUCUCAAAUUUGGAGGAAAUCGGAGUGCGGCAAGUGGCAGAAAAGCACCUCCGAAGACGGGAAUAUUUUAACAUGCAAUACACCACUAUCUGUGUAUGUAGGCGAAGCGACGUUGCCGGAUCGACGCGCGCACGCCACAUCUACGUUGCCACAGCGCACUUGGAUUUUUAAAGGCAAUGUGCUUGUUGGAAUCGUUUCCACGUUUUGACACUCUCGCCACAAACACCACCUUAUAGGAUCUUUACUCUACCUAUCGUUCAUAAGGAAAUAAGGAAACUAUGGCGGAAGUACGGAAGACCCAGAGGAUUCUCGUCAAGGAUCUUAACCCGAUGUUGACUUGCAGCCUUUGCGAUGGUUACUUCAUCGAUGCCACCUCGAUCAUCGAAUGUCACCAUACCUUUUGUCGAAGCUGCAUAUUGAAAUAUUUCAAGAAGAAACGCGAGUGUCCUUCCUGUCCCAAGACGAAGAAGGAUAAGGACAAGAAGAUAUCUAUUAAACCUGAUGAGCAGAUGCAAGCGUUGCUUUACAAGAUGAUACCUGGAUUGUAUGCGAACGAGAUGCUGAGGAGGGCUAAGUUCCAUAAGAAACCAACGGCCGAUGAUUCUGCGGAGGAUGAGUCUGAUGAGCAGCAGCAGAGACCGCAGGAUCGGGAGCAAACGGUGAGUGUUUCUGGUCUUUGCACGUCGUCGGGAUUGUGGAAUGAACAUCCUCGAUCUUUGUCCUCCCAGGCGGCUGUGUCGCGCGAAGCAGGACACUUCUACGGCCCCGAUGACCUCAUUCAACUCUCCUUGGAAUACUACCAGUUACAUUUGGAUAACACGAACGGUGAUAGUGGUGAAGUUGCUGUGGGUGGUGGUGAAGUGUUGAAGGAGGAGAAGAAGAAAGUGGUCGCAACGGACGACGGUGAUAGUAAUAAGGAUGUGACAAAGUGCGAGAAGGAUGAGAGGGUGCGCGACAGACGGUAUCUCCGGUGUGCAGCAGCAGUUUCCAUGUCCCAUCUACACAAGUUCCUUAGGAUGAAAUACGCUUUAUCACCUGAACACAAGGUCGAAAUCAUUUACGAAGGUGAAGUGCUCCCAACACAUUUCAAUUUGAUGGACGUUGCGUACACCUUCAAAUGGACAGAGGUCAAACCCAUGCGGUUCUUCUACCGCAUCUUCACGCCGAUGAAGAUCCAACCCAUCAAGAUCAUCAACACUUCUUCGACGCGCGGCACGAAGCAGCUGCAGAUCGUCCCGAUUAAGCCCAACCCAGAGCCGAAGGCUCCAUCUCCGCAGACGCCCAUCGAUGACUCGCACAACGAGGAUAAGAAGGAGCAACUGAUGAAGAUGUUGAAGCUGCAAAGCAAACACAAAGCGCCUGAAUCUAAGGCGGAACCGAAGAAAAGUGAGACUAAGGAAACGGAACCGCACUGCGUUUACGAGUACGAGGAACCUGAUAACGAAGAGAAAGAAAAGUUCGCCGCGAUUAGGGACAGGGAAUGGGCUAAUAUGAAGCACGAGGAACCGGAAACCCACCACGUCAGCAAGAAGAGGAAGAAGAACAAGCAUUCUAAGAGCGACGUGACGCACAAGAAGAGGAAAUUGCACGCCGAAAUCACCGGCGAACUCAAAGUGAAACUGACGCCACACAACGGUCACAAACACAAGCACCACAAAUCGCAACCGUCUGAAGAAGGUAAACCUCCGACGCCGCCGAUGCCCGAACUGAAGAAAGUCAAAAUUCAACCUGUCAAACCGAAGAAGGAGGAGAUGAAAGAUGAGCGAACGGAAAAAAGCACGGAGGAGCAGAAGACAUUUCUUAAGACAUUUCAAUCUGGUGCCGAGAGAAUCGCUAAGUGUCCUGCCGAGAUCGUCGUUCAGAAUAAAGUCGAGAAAGCUGCAGAAAAUAAUCAACAGCGCCCCCCGAUGAACACGUACGCCUGCAAACCCACUAGCCAAAGCAAAUCGCUCGAAAAGAAGAUCGCCUCGCUGCAGUGCACCAUCGAACCCGCCAAAAACGAUAUUCCCAAGGAAAAGAAAGUUACCUUCUCCGAGACGCCGCACAUCCUCAACUCCCAAUACCCGGCCGGGUUCACUGUAAGCAAAAUUGAUUCGUCCACCAAACGGAAACCCGAACCGCUUGAGGAUGAGAACAACAAAAGACCGACUCUAGAGAUCACCCUGAUCCAACCCACACCGGAACCGCCGAAGCUUAAGAGAUCGCCACCACCAGCGACAGCGCCCGAACCACCAAAAGCCAAACGUCCUCCACCGCCCACAAUACCCCUAGAAAGAAUUAAGAAAUCCGUAAAAUCCAGUUUAACCAUAAUACCCAAAUCCGACAACAAUCGUCCACUGGAUCUCUCGAAACCGCACAAAGUCAAUAACGGUAUCACGUUGAACGGCUUCACCAACAAGAGUUAUCAAUCGAGUUUAUCCAAUCUGCAGAUGCUCUCCAAAGUUGCGACGGAACAAUCGUCGAUAAACAAACCGAAAGCGGCGCAACUUUUGGCGAACAACCAAAAACCGCAACCGCCGCCCAAACAGCAGACGACGACGACAACGACGAACAACAAACCCAAACCGCAGAUGCCCAGCUUGCAGACUCUGAACAUUCCCAGUCCGCAAUCGAUAAAACCGAACCUCCCGAAUCUGCAGCACAUCAACAAGAACCAACUCCUCAACGGCGGCUACAGAAAUAUGCGACCGAGCCAGAACCAGAGCAUCCGCAACAUCCCGAAUCCCAGUCUGCUCGUGCAGCAGCAGAAUCAGAACCGCAUGAACAGUCAGAACCUCACCAAUGGCGAAUCCAAGGAGCAGAAGAUCCUCAACGCGCUGUCGUUAAUACCCAAAGAGCAGACGUCGCCGGAGCCCAAGAAGAUCGAAACCAAUGGAAUCAGCGUGACACCGGUCAGCAAGUAAGGAUUAUUACUCAAAACCAAUGUAAAUAUCACGAGAUCUGUUUGAUAUAACAAAAAAAACCUGUGUAUAUAUAAUCAAAGUUCUCUCACUUCUCUUUGUUGCAUAAAAAAAA